UCGGCUGCUGUCAUGGGCACCGACAGCCGCGCGGCCGGAGCGCUCCUGGCGCGGGCCAGCACCCUGCACCUGCAGACGGGGAACCUGCUGAACUGGGGCCGCCUGCGGAAGAAGUGCCCGUCCACGCACAGCGAGGAGCUUCGAGAUUGUAUUCAAAAGACCUUAAAUGAGUGGAGUUCCCAAAUCAGCCCAGAUUUGAUCAGGGAGUUUCCAGAUGUCUUGGAAUGUACUGUAUCUCAUGCAGUAGAAAAGAUAAAUCCCGAUGAAAGAGAAGAAAUGAAAGUUUCUGCAAAACUGUUCAUUGUAGGAUCAAACUCUUCAUCAUCGACUAGAAAUGCAGUCGACAUGGCCUGCUCAGUCCUUGGAGUUGCACAGCUGGAUUCUGUGAUCAUUGCUUCACCUCCUAUUGAAGAUGGAGUGAAUCUUUCCUUGGAACAUUUGCAGCCUUACUGGGAAGAAUUACAAAACUUAGUUCAGAGCAAAAAGAUUGUUGCUAUUGGGACCUCUGAUCUGGACAAAACCCAGUUGGAGCAGCUGUAUCAGUGGGCACAGGUAAAACCAAAUAGUAACCAAGUUAAUCUUGCCUCCUGCUGUGUGAUGCCACCUGAUUUGACUGCAUUUGCUAAACAGUUUGACAUACAGCUAUUGACUCAUAAUGAUCCAAAAGAACUGCUUUCUGAAGCAAGUUUCCAAGAAGCACUUCAGGAGAGCAUCCCUGACAUUCGAGCACAUGAGUGGGUGCCUCUGUGGCUACUGCGGUACUCGGUUAUUGUUAAAAGUAGAGGAAUUAUCAAAUCAAAAGGCUACAUCUUACAAGCUAAAAGAAAGGGUUCCUAACUGCAGCUUAGGACCAUAACCUACUGACCGGUAUUUUCCUUGAAUAUAAGAUAAAAUUGAGAUGUGUAAAAAUCUAAUUACUGCCUGUAAGUGUGCCUUGGAGGCAGAUAUUCUUUAGUUAUAUUUGACAAUAUGUUAUCUGUCAAGUUUGAAUACUUCUCUUGCUUCCAUAUCAGUUCACUCACAUGAACCACUCUAUUGUUUUCAUUAAACUAUUGUUUUCCAAUUGAAAUUGUCUAUAAAGAAUAUACUUGCAAUAUAUUUUUCCUUUAUUUUUAUGAUAAUAGCAAUCAAGAAAAUUUGUCAUUAG